AUGGAUUCGAGUCGGAGAGCUGUGGAGUCGUACUGGAGGUCGAGGAUGGUCGACGCAGCUACCUCCGACGAGGACAAGGUCGCGCCGGUCUACAAGUUGGAGGAGAUUUGCCAGCUGCUGAGGUCAUCGCAUGUCAGCAUCGUCAAGGAGGUCUCUGACUUUGUCUUGAAGCGUCUCGACCAUAAAAGCCCCAUUGUUAAACAAAAGGCUCUGCGAUUGAUAAAAUAUGCUGUGGGAAAGUCCGGUGUAGAGUUCAGGAGAGAAAUGCAAAGACAUUCAGUGGCUGUGAAACAGUUAUUUCAUUACAAGGGACAUCCAGAUCCUUUGAAAGGAGAUGCACUUAAUAAGGCUGUGCGAGACACUGCUCAGGAGGCUAUUGCUGUUAUCUUUUCAGAAGAAAGUAAGCCUGCCGCACCUGCAGAAGAUCUUAACAGACGAAUUCAAGGUUUUGGGAAUACAAACUAUGAAAUGCCAACAGAGGAAAAGAAAUCAUUUAUUAGUGAGGUAGUUGGUAUUGGAAGUGCAUCUAUCAAGCAGGGAUUUAAUACUUUCACCCAAGGUCAGUCAUUUAAAAAGAAUGACAAUGGAAGCUACAAGAGUCCUAAUCUUCAUAGGUCAUUGACAAUAGAAGGAAAGGCAGACAAAUAUGAGCCAUAUCAGUAUCCCAAUGAGACUCAGAGUAGUUUUGGGUCUUCAAAGAAUGUGGCUAGUGGACCCUGGGGUGAGGACUCAAGGUCAACCAAACCUGAAUUAACUAAUGGAGAUUCUAGUUCAAGUUACAGAGAGAGCAAGACCCGUGAGGAGAGGUUGUUGGAGACCAUUGUAACGUCAGGUGGUGUGCGCUUACAACCAACUCGAGAUGCUAUGCAGGUUUUCCUUGCAGAGGCGGCAAAAUUGGAUGCAGUAGCAUUAAGUCUUGCCCUUGAAUCAAAGCUCCAAUCUCCAUUGUGGCAGGUGCGCAUGAAAGCUAUUUGUGUUCUUGAAUCAAUAUUGAGGAGAAAGGAUGAUGAGAACUUUUCAAUUAUUGAAUCCUAUUUUAUUGAGAACAGAGAUGCUGUAGUGAGAUGCUCAGAGUCUCCCCAAGCUUCUUUGCGAGAAAAGGCUAACAAGGUUAUAAACCUCUUGGGUGGAGAACAGACGGGAAGUGUGGCAGGUAAUUCUGAAGAGCGUGGGAAGACUCAGACUACUACAGUUGUUCAGAUGCCUAACCUGAUAGACACUGGUGAUCUAGAUGAUUACCAUGGGACAGAUACUGCAGAGAACCAAAAUGAUCAAGUCAUCACAAACCUAACUGCACCACCCCAACUGAUAGAUGAUUUAUUUGGAGAUGCUCAAGGAAAUGUCGUAAGCACCAGUGAACUGAGAAAUGAUGAUGAUCCCUUUGCAGAUGUCUCAUUCCACAUGAAUGAAAGCAAAGAACAUGUUGAUGAUCUCUUCUCUGGGCUUACUGUUGAUGAUAAACAAGAUGCUCAGGAGGAUUCAAUAGGAGAAAAGAAAAAUGGAUCCGAAAUAUUUGAUAUUUUUGGUCCUAAUCCUCAACUUCCAUCGGAGCAAGAUAAUACAAGUAAUUUGAAUAAUUUAAUAGCUGGUUUAUCUAUUGAUAAAGAUGCCUCCAAGAUGGAGCAAAAGGGAACCUCAAUGCUAUCGGAUAGUCUUUUGUCAGGUUUGAGUAGUCAACCCAGUCAUCAGGUCUCCACAGAUACUUGGGGUGGAAUUCUCAAUUCUCAAACAGAACCCAUGACUGAAACUCCAGUCUUUCCUCCAGGUGCUAUGCCUUACAACGUACCUCCUGGCUUUAUGUUCAACCCAGCCUUUUCUUCUCAGCCAAUAAAUUAUGGUGCCAUGGGAAGUCUGUUUGCUCAGCAGCAAUUCCUAGCGACAAUGUCCAAUUUUCAACACCUUGGGAACCUCAAUGCUCAAAAUUCAAACUUAAGUCAAGUUGCUGGAACAAAUGGAGGAUAUAAUUCAGCACUUCCUGAUAUAUUCCAGCCAAAUCAUCUAAAUCAAUCGCCCACUUCAAUGAUGAACAAUGCAAAGAAAGAGGAUAGCAAAGCGUUUGAUUUUAUCUCGGACCAUAUCGCUGCCGCUCGUGAUCCUAAGAGGGUGAUUUAAGGUAUUCAUAGUGUUUCAAAGCGGCAGGUCAGUCUCUUAGAACAAAAUGGAGCAAGUAGUUUGCUGCGUAAAGGAAUUCGGAUGAACAAAGUUUUUAUAUUGUGUUGCUGAACAUAUUUCCUUCACAAGUCUGCAGUGAUGAGGCCAAUUUAUCUAGGAAUUCGGAUGAAAGGUAAACAUUUCUCUUCAUUUUCCAGACUCAAGGGUGAAGAGAGCGAGGAUGUUCUGUAGUUAGCUUUGAUAGUUUUUAAGUGUAAUGCGGGCUGCAAAUCUGCAGCCCUCUUGUAUUGAAUUUGUAGAGUGCCUUUACCCUCCCCCCUGCCCCCAAUUCCCCCUCCAUUUUCUCUAUAAGUUUUUUAUUUAAAAUUUUUUUGUCUCAUCCCCCAAAAAUACUUGUGGUAUAUGCAUUUGGAUAUAGAAAAGGAAUAAGAGAACAGUUACUAUGUUGGUUAUCUCUGUAUUGUGUUUGGGAAUGCAUAUUCAUGUGUGUUAGAUUUGAGAGGGGACUGGUAAAUUGGAUUGCAAGUUUACAUCUGAAAAAAAAAAAAAAAAAAAAAAAAAAAAAUCUC